GAUGAGAGAUCGCCGUUGGAGACAAAGAGAUGCGACAUGGGCAUAAGAGCAUUGUCCGAGCAAUGUGUCGAGCGUCGUGCGUUGUUAGAGACUAUUCUCUCUGUUUCGCUCAUGCUUCCACGCGGUUGAGACGAAACAAAGAGCUGAUAACCUGGCCAAGAGCAGGUUGACUUAGUUGCUAUGUCUCAUAGCGAUCCGUGAAACCAGGUCGAGGUCAUUCUCUCUCCAAAGUGCGCCGAUCCAACACAUCCUGACAUCUGAAUGUUCGCCGCAGCCGUGACAGCAGUCGUCCUCGCAUUCUUUGCCUUCCGCAUGGGCCGCAAAGGAACCAUCAUCCUCGGCAAUAUCGCCGCCAUCAUCGGCUCCGUCAUCCAAGCGACUUCCUACAGCGUCGCUCAGCUCAUUGUCGGACGACUCGUACAGGGAAUCUCAAUCGGAGCCAUCUCAUCCGCUGUGCCCACGUAUCUGUCCGAGACGGGAGUCGAGAUCGGUGAUCGCGGACCAGCGAAUGCGUUGAAUGCGAUUCUGCUGAUCAGUGGUGUGCCGUUGGCGUACUGGGUGGACUAUGGGUUUACCAUGAUGGAUACCCAGGCGAGUUGGAGGGUGCCGAUUGUUUUCCAGUGUUUAUUCGCCGUCGUUUCGGGAGGCACGAUGUUGUUCUUGCCGGAUACUCCGAGGUGGUACUAUGCCAGGAAUCGUUGGGAGGAAGGUGAUGCGGUGCUGGCACAACUGCAUGAUACUUGUGUCGAUGACGAGAGGGUGCAGAGUACGCGGAGAGAGAUUCUGGCAGCGAUCGAGGCGGAAUUGGAGGCCAAUGCGAGUCUGGAUUGGAAGCCAUUCUUGACGAUGGGCAUCGUAGACAAGAGUCGGAUGAAAAUUGUCAGGAGAAUCUGCAUGUGCUUUUGGCUACCGAUGGUUCGGGAGUGGAUGGGCUCGAGUCUGAUUGCCUACUACAGUAAUGUCAUUCUGUCGACUGUAGCCAAACCAUCUUUGGUGUCUCUGCUAUCAGGUGUGCUCAACAUCUUCUUUGCGCUCGGCUGUGUGCCGCUUUACUUCACCGUGGAAAAGGUUGGACGGCGGUCAAUCUUGCUGUAUGGUGCCAUUGCCAUGACCACCCUUUUGACGAUAUUCACAGUCCUCGUAGCACUGGGCUCUGGUAGCGAAUCGAGAGACUGGGCGGCCGUUGGAAUCAUCUUCAUCUUCCUCUUCGUCUUCGGCUGGACUUGGCAAGGUUCAGUGUGGCUUUACUGCUCAGAGAUUGCUCCUCUCGAGUACCGACAUAUCGGCGCAGCGGCGACGGCGUGCGGAGAGUGGCUCAUGACUUUCGUCACUGUUUUCGCAGGUCCGAUUGGCUUCGAGCGCAUUGGCUGGUACUUCUGGCUAUGGGUCAUCAGUGGCAAUCUUGUUGCCAUUGUCUUUGUCUUCCUCCUCUGUCCUGAAACUGGAGGGAAGACAUUAGAACAGGUGGAUUGCCUUUUUGUUCGUAAAGGCUUUGCUGGUCUGAGGAGUAACUUCGACAUCACUACUGAGGACAUGGAAGGCGCACCAACGAAGGAGAAACUGGUAGUGGACCAGUUCGAGGUCGCUAACAAGCGUUGA